AUGGAUGAGAAAGCUUGCAAAGAUAUGGAGCGACUGGCGGAUACAAUCUCAGAUUUGGAGUUAUAUUUGGGACUUGAUGAUCAGGAGGACGAGGACAGUGAUAACGGUGGCAGUAGCGAGGAGAGCAGUGUUGCGUGUGGUAGCAGUGAAGGUGGAGGGACGGAACCUUCCAUCUCGCAUGCUUCCUUGGUGACGCAUGCGGAGACGUCAAAGCAGGAGGCGAACACUGUGGAUGAGGAAAGGCGAAGACGCGUGGAUCGGAAGGCGCACUUAGUUCCACCCAUGGAGGCCUUUAUGUCUUCAUUUUCGUUACGGGAAUUUGUGGAGUACCACAAUCGGGAGGCGAAACGGAGACGAGUAUGGAUGGGGCUUUCCCGUGUGGUUUCUUCGCUGGUGGUUCGUUUCCGUGUACUGGACGUUGGAGCCCCGGUGCCCGAGGAUGUAAAGUCUCCUACUAAAAGGAAAAAAUCAAAAUUACGAAUGGGAACUCCGUCCAUCACUCUGCCGAAUCGCGCGGUUUCUGUUCAUCAGUCACGUAGGUUCAUUCGGUUAUUGCCUCUCUCUUCUUAG